AUGGCGUUAGUGGAACGGUCGUCUUCUGGUACUUUAAAGGUUCGACAAAGGUAUACCUUAAUUAAAUUAUCGUAUUUUAAACUCACUUAUUUCUUUUUAGUUGGUCUUUUCCUUCGCAAAAUGAAUUUUCUGUUCAGGAUACCUCAACAUGAUAGUAUAUUACACAACUAUGCCUUAUACGAACGGCAAUCACUUAAAUCCGGCUCCAGGGUGGAGUUAAGUCAGAUCGAAAUGAACGAUGCUGGGAGUCUUAUGGCGGUGGUAGAUCUGGAAGGGGUGAUUAGUAUCUGGGAGGAUGGUGAGAAUGGCUGGGAGCGACUAUCUUCUUGGAGGUAUAGGUUUGAUCAUGGUAGCAGGAUGGUUGAAUUACCGUACUCAAUGGAUAAGAUACCGCCAUUGCACGAUCCUUUUAAUGCUAAUUUGAAGCCAAAUAUUGUGUUACGAUGGGCUCAUUCGAAGCAUGGACGGUAUCUGGCAGUGGCGGCUUCGAAUAAAAGAAAGGUUCAUAUAUUUGGGGAAAAUGGUAGGAGUUUCGAGUUUUAUACGUUAAGUAAUGGCAAAUUUUUAAAUAUUUAAAAUUUAUUCCAUUUGUUCAGCUUCCCAAGCGUGAAAACGAAAUUAAUGAAUUUCCAGAACAAGACAAGAUAGAGCAAGCAGCCCAUUUUAACAUGCGUCGUAUCGUACCUUUAAUCAGAUGGCAUCGUAAACAUUCGAUGGCUUCGGCUUCAAAUGUUACGGAAAUGCAAUUUUGUCCACCUCACAUGGAAAUGGAGCUAGCUACAGCCACUCAAACUGGUGUAGUAGUGAUUCAUGUGCUUCAGAACCAACGUGACAUUACCUCUUGGAGGCCGAUCAUGGCAAUUCAAGUGUUCCCUAAUCAGGCCAUUAACAGUUUGACAUGGAAUCGGAAUCCAGUCCACGAGUUGGCUAUUAUGGUGGCUUCUACGAAUGCUUUGGAUUCUAAAUCUGAUCAAAGAAUAGCCAUUUUUCCGAGGAAAAACGAUCCGGUGUAAGGGAAAAUAAAAAAUUAUUAAGGUUAUCUUGGCUAAAAAUUACUGUAUUUUCCACAACUUUUUAAUAGAACCUAGUUAUCAUACUUAAAUUACUUUUUUUGUAAAAAAGCUCCCUAAUCUACGUAUUUUUUGAUAUUUAUGAACGAUGCUUUUCAGAACCCCAGAACAAAAUAUGCACUUUGACAUGGACAACCAAGUCAGCUAUGUCUCGUUUGGCCCAUCAAAUGGCCUGAACGAAAGUAUUUUGGCGAUCGGUGUUGGUCGUCGUAUCUUCCUCCACACCUUUGUUAUCACAGAAACUCCUGUCAGUGAAAAAGACGGUGAACUGGUGUUCCCAGAAGAGUUCAAUCACGACUCAGAGAAGACUCGAGAACCAGUUCCGGAGGCAAAGAAGUUCAACCCAGUGCCAUCUUCAUCUCUACCUCACGCACAUUCCAAUUUGCCACUACCGAUUCAAAGGAUCAGACAGACUCAUCCCCACUCGUCAGCAUCACCUCGCCCAGUCACUGGCGGUCAUAUGGGCAAGAAUCUUAUCGUCGGUUCAAUUGAUUCUGAUUCGUCGCCUAUUUUGCCUCCACAAUUUUUUGACGGCAGUCACAAGGACGAUCGGUAUAUUGAGGAUGAUCGAAAGGUAAAACAUAGAAGCUUGACAUAGAAAUGGCAAUUAACGAAACAUAUAAAAAGUUUUUUAGGAGAUUGAUGACGACAUAGAGAUAAACAACGGACCAGUAGAAGAACUUCGAGGCCAUUUCGACGAAGGAUACGAAGAAACAACGGACGAGGAGAAAGAAACGGAGACUGACAUGUACAAGUUGUUGAAAUGGGAGUUCCCAAGAAUCGCAGUAUUCAGAGAGAACAGUGCUGUCAAAGCAAUACAUUGGAACACAAAUCCAGAUGGUUUCACGGCCGAAUUCUGUGAUGGAAAGCUACGAAGCUACAAAUGUAAGUAGAUUUUUUUAAUUUUUUGAUGAAAAGUGUAUUAUAAAUUCUUAAAAGUUGGAAAAAAGAUGUCGAAAUUCAUUUUUAAACUUAAAAGUUGACGUUUCACUAUUUUUUAAAUGAAUUGUGUUACUAUAAUGUCAUUUUGAAACAAAAUCCACUUUUAAAAACACAAAAAAAGUGUGGGCUCAGCCGGUGAUCGAAACCGGGGCCUCUCGCACCCAAAGCGAGAAUCAUACCACUAGACCACUGAGCCGCGGCCUCUCGAAGGAUUGAAGGAGAGGAAGAGCGUGCUAAAAACUACUUUUUUCUUUAAUUUUUAGCUUUUCUCGCUAAAAUGUUUAAUUAGCCGCUUCAUUCUGAAGCAAGUGGCGAUUUCUGACGUCUUCACGAUGUUUCGGACACCCUAAGGGUAUCUAAGCGGUCAGCAGCGAAAAGAAGCGCGGCUCAGUGGUCUAGUGGUAUGAUUCUCGCUUUGGGUGCGAGAGGCCCCGGUUUCGAUCACCGGCUGAGCCCAAAACUUUUUGUAAUUGAUAAGAAUACAGUAUGCUUAUCACUAGUAAUUUAAACUUAUUUUAGGGGCCUUUGGAUGUGUAUGGAUAAAGAGCGCUGAAUUAUAUCCGAUUCCAUCAAGUCAAAUACAAUAUCAAGUGUGUUAA